AUGAUUAUUGCUGACUACUCGAAUCAUCGUAUCGUCCAAUGGAAGAUGGGUGAUAAGAAUGGACAAGUAGUAGCCGGUGGAAAUGGCGACAGAAAUCGAUUGGUUCAAUUGUAUUAUUUAACUGAUGUGCUGAUCGACAAAGAGACUGAUAGUCUCAUUAUCGGCGAUCCGUGGAAUCGACGAGUUAUACGAUGGGCUCGUUGUAGUGAUUCAACUCAAGAAGAAAUUCUCAUUGACAACAUCCGAUGUUGGGGAUUAUUUAUGGAUGAUCAGAGAUAUCUCUAUGUCUCUAGCAACGAAACACAUGAAGUAAGACGAUAUCAACUAGGAGACAAGAAUGGAAUUAUCGUGGCUGGUGGAAAUGGUCCAGGUAGUGCUCUCAACAGACUCAACUCUCCGUCCUAUAUCUUUGUCGAUCAACAACAGAAUGUCUACGUAUCAGACUCGAACAAUCAUCGUGUAAUGAAAUGGAAUAAAGGUACAAAAGAAGGCAUUGUUGUUGCUGGAGGUCAAGGUCAAGGAGAUUCUCUGACACAAUUGUCUUUUCCUUAUGGACUCUUGGUCGAUACAUUGGGUACCAUCUAUGUGGCAGAUUUGUUCAAUAAUCGAGUCAUGCGUUGGACUCAAGGAGCACAAGAGGGUACUAUCGUUGCCGGUGGAAAUGGUGAAGGAGAAGGAGCAAAUCAGUUCAGAAAACCCGUGGGUUUGUCUUUCGAUCGACAAGGCAAUCUCUAUGUCGCCGAUUUAGACAAUCAUCGUGUUCAAUUUUUUUCAAUUCAAUGA